GAUCUGGUGUAGGAGAUGCUAGCUGCGUUGCGUCUGGCAUUCGUAGCGGUCCCAAUGGGCGUGCUGCUGUCCCGGACAAUGGCGUGGAUGUCCAGUGGCAAAACGCACCAGGAGCUCAUAACCAGACUGAGGGAUCAUGGCGUGAUUCGCAGCGACAGAGUGUUCAGUGCCAUGCUGGCCACAGACAGAGGAAUCUACACUAAAGAUUAUCCAUAUGCAGACUCACCUCAGACCAUAGGCUUCAGGGCCACCAUCAGUGCACCACACAUGCAUGCCCACGCUUUGGAACUGUUGAGUGACAAAUUAUCAGAAGGGGCAACUGCCCUGGACGUGGGCUCAGGAAGUGGUUAUCUCACAGCCUGCUUUGCAAGAAUGACGGGAAGCAGCGGGAGAGUUGUGGGAGUUGACCACAUUGAUGAACUAGUUCAAAGUUCAAUAAGGAAUGUCCAAAAUGACGACCCGGAACUUAUUACAUCUGGACGAGUCAGACUCGUGGUGGGUGAUGGAAGGCUGGGGUACCCUGAGGGAGCCCCUUAUGAUGCCAUUCAUGUCGGUGCAGCUGCAGCAACAGUUCCUAAAGCUCUCCUAGAGCAGCUGAAGCCAGGCGGACGUCUUGUGCUUCCAGUCGGCCCCGACGGUGGUAGUCAGGUGCUGGAGCAAUACGACCGACAGAGUGACGGCACCUUCCUCAAAAGAGCUCUGAUGGGAGUGGUUUACGUCCCCUUGACAGACAAGAGACGACAGUGGCCAGGGUAUUUCCCCAACACAUCCUUGUUUCACAGGGUUCAUGAUUAUCAUUAG